GUGCAAAAGUUAAUAAAUUUUGUGAAUGAUCAUUAAAGAAUUAUUUGCGUUGAAGUUAGCAAACUAUAGUGGAAGUUUACUUGUUCAUCGAGCGGCAAAAUCAUGGCUCCUACUUUAUAUAUGAUUCAAGCGAGCCCUCCAGUCAGAGCAGUUUUGAUUACGGCGAAAGCUAUUGGUCUUGAUUUAAAUGAAAAAGACAUCAACUUUUUUCAAGAUGAACACUUGAAACCACACUUUCUUAAAUUAAACCCUCAACACACUAUUCCCACAUUGGAAGAUGAAGAUGGAUUUGCAAUUUGGGACAGUCAUGCAAUUAUGACUUACCUAGUAUCAAAAUAUGCCAAGGACGACUCUGUUUAUCCUGAAGAUCUUAAAAAACGAGCGGUUGUAAAUCAACGUCUUUUUUUCGAAUCUGGUGUGAUAUUUUUCCAUAUGAGAAAUAUUGCACGAUCUCUUCUUGUUCAUUGUCAAAACUUUAUAAACGAAGAAGAUAAAGAAGGUAUGAUCGAAGGCUUUGGUUUGUUGGAAAAAUUUCUAGAAGGGAAAAGAUGGGCUGCUGGUGAUUUUGUCAGUCUUGCUGACUACAGUUUAAUAUCUUCCGUUGGUACUGCUGCAUCUAUAAUACCAGUAGAUUCGGAGAAAUAUCCGAAAUUGACAGCCUGGAUGAAGAGAUGUGAGGAAUUGCCAGAAUAUGAAGCAAAUGCGAAAGGUUUUAAAGAAGCAGCCGAAAUGCUUAAAAUUAGAUUAACCAGAAAGUGAAAUGAUAAGCGCAAUAAAUCGAUAAUGUAAUUCAGUAAUACAAAUAUUUUUAUUUCUAAUAAAGAUUGCAAAAAGCAAAA